CACAAUCGUGCCCAUGCUCGGCUCUCAUCCUCGCCACCACCACCUUGCACAGUGAAUCGGAAGAUGGAGAUGGAUGUUAAGGGAGUUUCUCAGUGCCCGGAGCCCAUCCCCCACUCUCAGGGGGCUGGCGGAGGCUGUCAGCAGCCACCACCGCCACCGCCGCCGCCGCCGCCGCCGCCGCAGGAUGAGCAGCCUGGGGAAAGUGCGGCCGCCGGGGACAGCCACCCAGAGAAGAGACCAAACAGUGAGAAAGAAGACAAAAAGAGGAGCUCGGCCAGCAAGACUUCAGGUGCUCCUUCCUACAGCAGAUGGUCCAGCUCACAGCCGCAUCAGGAGGCUCUGCAAUGUUCCGGGCUUGAUGCAAUCAGCACAAUGCCAUCUGCAAACAACAGCAUCUGGAGGACAUCACCAUCUAUAGGGAAUCCCUCUUUGAUUUGGACUCUGCGUUGGACAUCCUCCAUGACAAUGAGAAGCCUGGGACGCGGGAGCCUGGGGACUUGCCCCAUUUCUGCAAUAGAAUAUUCUUCUAGCUCCACGGUGAGAACGUACCAAAACAGUAAAUCCAGAGUGACCAUGAGUCCCGGCUUCAGCUCCCAGUGGAACAGCAGCCAACCAGCUUGGAACAGCUAUACCUUUCCAAGAGCAAGCUUGCACUACCAGUCCCACGCCAGCUACACCUACUGUGCUGGACACCCCGCCUCCUAUGCACCAGCUCCCCACCCCAUGGCACCUCCCAGCCCCAGCACAAACAGCAACAACAACAGCAGCAGCAACAACAAUAGUGGAGAACAGUUGAGUAAAACCAACCUGUACAUUCGAGGCCUUCCACCCGGCACCACGGACCAGGACCUAAUCAAGCUGUGUCAGCCGUAUGGAAAAAUUGUUUCCACAAAGGCAAUUCUUGACAAAAACACAAAUCAAUGCAAAGGUUAUGGCUUUGUAGAUUUUGACAGUCCUGCUGCAGCACAGAAAGCGGUAGCAUCUCUCAAGGCCAAUGGCGUACAGGCACAGAUGGCCAAGCAACAAGAACAAGACCCCACAAACCUAUACAUCUCCAAUUUACCCAUUUCCAUGGAUGAGCAGGAAUUGGAGAACAUGCUGAAACCCUUCGGCCACGUCAUUUCCACCAGAAUAUUGAGAGACGCCAAUGGAGUCAGCAGAGGUGUCGGAUUUGCCAGGAUGGAGUCGACUGAAAAAUGUGAAGUGGUAAUUCAACAUUUUAAUGGGAAAUACCUGAAAACACCACCAGGAGUACCAGCCCCCACUGAGCCUUUGCUGUGUAAAUUCGCAGAUGGAGGGCAGAAAAAGCGUCAGAAUCAAGGCAAAUACACACAGAAUGGAAGGCCCUGGCCGAGGGAAGGAGAGCCUGGCAUGGCAUUGACCUAUGACCCCACAGCUGCUAUACAGAAUGGAUUUUAUUCUCCACCGUACAGUAUUGCAACAAACCGCAUGAUUCCACAGACAUCUCUCACGCCAUUCAUUGCUGCUUCCCCCGUGUCCACAUAUCAGGUCCAGAGCACUUCAUGGAUGCCUCACCCUCCCUACGUUAUGCAGCCAACAGGUGCUGUGAUAACACCAACAAUGGACCACACUAUGUCAAUGCAGCCAGCAAGCAUGAUGGGCCCCCUGACGCAACAGAUGAACCAUCUUUCCUUGGGCACGACAGGAACGUAUAUGACUGCGGCUGCACCUAUGCAAGGGACCUACAUUCCCCAGUACACUCCUGUGCCUCCAACAGCCGUCCCUAUAGAAGGUGUUGUCGCUGAUACCUCUCCCCAGACAGUUGCACCUUCAUCACAGGAAGCCAGUGCCCAGCAACAGCAGAUAGCGGUGGAAACGUCCAGUGAACAUACGCCUGCAUAUUCCUACCAACAGUCUAAACAAUAAACAGGACUGAAGAAUGUCAAUCUGAAAACUUUGCCUUGAAUGGAGAAACUUCAUUGAACAAGGAGUUGGCUUCCAGUUUGCACAGGCGUCAACCGAAUGCUUUUUUUUUUUCAUUUUCUACUUUACCCAAUGGAAAAAAAAAAACAAAAACCCAAGUGUUUUUAUGUGCUGUGCGAAAGGUUCCGUCAUGUAGUCUGACAGUUUUAUUUUUGCUAUAAUUUUUUUUAAUUAAAGAAAAAACCCAGAGGGGGAAAAAAAAAACAUAAACACUGGGGGUUGACAUUUCAUCUGGAUGAACAUUUGGAUUCAGAAUUUACCUGAAGGUGUAGAUAGAUUUUUUUUUUUAAAAACAUCAAAUCUGAUGAUGUCAAGAGGGAGCAAGCUGAGAUGAAAAUCUUGUCUUCCUCAAUAAUUAAGCUAUUUUCUCUUUUUUUCCCUUCUUUAACUCUAGUGCAUUUGUUUUUUAUUUUUAAUUUUUUUUCUUAGAAAUGUUUAGGUAAGGUUUAUCUUGAAUCUUAAUUGCCUUAAUUUUAAGGACGUCAGAGGCUCUCCAGGCAAGCUGUCCACGUCUUGUUAGAAAAAAACCGGAGAAGGAAAUUUGAAAAGACUGCUUUGAGCCAGCUUCAACUGGUGCAGAAGUUUAAUAGACUCUGAGUUUUUAAGGUGAAAAAAAAUAAACUGUACAGUUGAAAAGAAAAUGUUUUUCUUCGUUUGAAGAAAAUUUGUUGAUAAAGGAACCGUGGCAACUACAAGGAUUAGAAAAAAAAAUGCUGGGACUUUUCAUGAACUUUGUCUUAAGUGUUGACAGGAAUCAUUCUAGAAAGGAAAUGUGAUUGACAGGAAAGUUAUUGACAUUGGUUCAAUCAAAUGGCUGCAUUCGAAAUGAUUUGGGCUUUGGGAGGGCAGGAUGCAGAUUUUUUUUUUUAUUUCCAAGGAGUGAUCGCUGACAAAGGCCCUUGUGCUUUUUAUCUGCAGUCUUUUUUAUGAGCGUUAAGAAGUUUUUAGUCAGCUUUGCUUGUCACAUUGCAAAACCUAGCUUAAGAGCAUUAAAACAAAAAAGAAAAAAAAAACUUAAGUAGAUAGGAGCUUAUGGUCAAAAAAAAGUGCAAAAAAAAAGCAAUAGAUAGAAGAAAUUGUUGACAAUUUCUGUAGUCUUUCCUAGUUGUGAUCAAAUGCAGCCUAUGGAUGGCCUAUUUUAUACCAAAGAUGAAGUGACAUCCUGACGCAGUCCAGAAGAUAGAGGUUUUCUUUUGUGUUUUUUUUCUUUUUUUUUUCCUCUUCUUUAAAAAAAAAUCUUUAUUUGACCUACAUGGCCGGACCAGUUCUUAUUUUCAUGUUUGUUUAACCUAUAUUCCACUGGUGUUUUACAUACUGCAGAGUUUAUAAAGAAAAGUGCACAUUAGUUGGGCUUAGGAAGCCCAAACCUGUUGGGUUCAGUUGAGAAUCAGAGCAGGACAAGAACUGAGCACCAACUAAUGUUACCGAAAAGGCUUUCAUUUUGCUGAGCUUUUCACCUAUGCUCUUGUACAGCGCAAUCCAUAAUGGGGGCCACCUCUAUUGGGAGGCAUUUGCCUAAAAGGCUGAAUUUUCUUUCUGUGCAUGUUGGACUAUAAACUCUUCUGGGGGGAAAACAUUUGAAAAGGUCACCUUUCCCCUUCCUCCCCUCCCUAAAAAAAGUCUGUGGAAUGGUAGGUGGUCUCCUUAAAGAAUGUCUCAUUGUCUUUGUAAAGAAAGUCUUCCUUCUGAUUUCUGUCACCCCUUUGGUUCAUCUGCUCAUCUUUUCCAGCAUGGAUAGCAACUUUGAUUCUGAAAUUGAAAGAAAGGGAAGGCAGAGUUGUUUCCCUUUUUAUUUUUUUUUCAUUGCAUCUUUGAAGGCUAUGGUUGCCAGAAAGAAAAGGGGAAAAUUGGACAUGUUUUCUCAAUUUAACUCUCCUGGGCAGGUAGGAAUAUUAAAAAUAAGGGUUUUUUUUCCUAAUGGAAUUCUGGAUAAGCUCUUAAUAUGCUGGUUGACAAUCAAGAGUUAGUAUGAUUUAAGAAAACAAAAACCAAAAGGACGCAGUCCUGGAGAUCAGUUAAGCCAAAGGAGGCGGUGGAUGCCCAAUUAGGUCCAAAAGUGAAUGCAAUUUCAUUAGCUGAGACACAAUUGUACAUGUUCUUUGAAGACAUCCAUGGGAAAUUUGCAAUGUUUUACCUGAAAUCCAGGGCAGUGAAACUUUGUUAAUUGAGAAGGGUUUGAUGGUAGUACGGUUUUCUGAAUGAGGCACUGGGAUGAAAGAAUUGGUGAAGCAGCUAGAAGACAAAAAUAAGUUACUGAGUUGAAGGAAUGAGGUAAUGAGGUCAUUUUGUGUAACUACUGUGAAAAAGGAAAUAGUAUUCAUUUAAAAGGAAAAGAAGUCAAUCAUAUCCCAAUGAAAUCCACUGAAAUAAAAGCUGCGGUUCUGAAAUUGAUCUGAAAGUUCUCAUGAAAGAAACACCUUUAAAUCCAAGUGAAAAUAAUUUCAAGUAAUGGUGCUUCCCUAUAUCUUAAUUUUAAUUUUCAAUUUGAGGGAAACAAUCCUUCAAAUAAUUGGCUGCUAUAGUUCAAUUCAGUACCCAUUCCAGAGAGAAGAAGCCUGUUGGUCCCUACUAUCGUAUAAUACCCCCAGAGGUUAAGGGGAGGGAGACGCUCUAGGUUUCCACUUCAUUUAUUGUCUUCUCCCUGGGUUUUGUGGGGUUUUUGGGGUUUUUAUUGGCAUUUUAUAGAUGGCACCAAUUUGAGUUUUAUCAUUGUAGAGCUGCCCAUAGGAGAGCUACAAAGAAUUCUUCAAACCAGCUCCAUUUAUUUUUCUCUUCCCAUUCUUCAAAACACCUUGUAUAAUUAUGAAUUCUCCCUGAAAAUAAUUGAGUUGAAUAGAAAACAACCUUAUUUUAUUCUUUUUUUCCUUAUAAAUCCCCAUGUGACACAAAGAAAAGUCUCAUUUGCUCUGAACAAUGAGAUUCCAAGGUAGCUACCAUGUGGCUGAUGAAUAUGCUGAGGUCACUUCCUAUUUCUAUUCAAAACCCUGCUGUUUAAUUUAUAUCUUUAGAGGUUGUUGGGUUUUUUUUUUUUUUUUGGUUUCGUUCAGUUUGGUUUUCCCCAGCAAUGAAAGCAAAAUAAUUUUGAUGUUUUUAUUAAACCAAUUGGGGCAAAAGGAAAUCACCCCACCAAAGGUUUUGACCACUGCCAUGUGUUUUGUGUUCAGAUUGUUUAAACCAUGCCACACUGUCAAAGAUCUCAUCUCAUACCAAAAAGGAAAGGGAAAAUAUUUUUUCUCCAUACACAAGUUAGCUCAUACUUCUCUGUCCUCUGACCUAUGAACUUUCUCGAGUUUCAAACCACGCCUGAAAAACAGCAGCUUGAACAGGUAAGCAAUAGUAGGUUCCUAGCAUAGGCCUUGUUUGAGCGGGAAAAACACACACAAGCGAACCAACUCUGCCAUGUUUGCUUGCAAAUAGUGGUAAAUGGAAGGAACUCUGAUAUGGUAAUAAACAAUAGUGCAGAGAUAGUAAAAUUCUUUAAGAACAUAAUUGUCUAAAAACAAAACUAAUUAUCCUGUAUGUUAUGGGUCAAUAGAGUUUCUACAUUUGGCCCGCUGUUUCAAUUGUCCCAUUGGUCUUACAUAUCAGCACCAGGAGAUUCCUGAUUGAAUGAUAGAGUUCCUUAAAGUCUUUGGGCAGGAGAGCCUGAUCUUAAAAUAUGGGAACAAACUAAAAUCAACAAACCACACUCCAUAAAUAUUUGUUGUCACAUCCAAACUGUAGUACACAGUCAAUGGAACACUAAUUAAUAUUUUCUUUUCACAAAGAUGAUAGGUUGUCAGAGGGAAAAUGUAUAUGAUAACCGGGAGUUUCUAAAUACCUUCUUAUGCCUUCUAAAGGAAAGAUGAGGUCACAGAAGGAUUAUAAGAGAACUGAAUAUGCAAAUGAGAGUGCUGGUAGCAGAGGGUUGCCUUGGGCCUCUGGGAACUCCUGAUUAUAUAUAAGAUAUGAAUAUACAAGUUGGCUAAAGGAUUCCCAAUGAGUCUGAUCCUAAAUUUGCUCAUGUUUUCUUGGUUCAUUGGCUAGAUACUGUUUGUCUAGAAUGUUGGUGCCAGUCUUCAUUAGAAUCCUUGCCAAGACUCUCACAGAUACAUUAAAAAAAAUGGUGGCCCAUUUUGAGAAGCUCCCAUUAGAUGGAAUGUGGAUUUCAGGGGAACUUGAUUCAGUUUGGACAUCCAGGCUAUAUCAUCAUGGUUUUUCAGUAGCUUAAAUGGACUCAAUGAAACAGAUUAAAUGACUAACCAAACAAAACUAGACAUGUUUAAAAAAAAAAAGUUUUGUUCUAAAGUGGGUAUAUGAACCAUUGCAGAAAAAGAGAGCUAUUCAGGAAAGAGAAAAUCAUAAGUAAGUUUUAAAUGGUUUUUAUAUGAGCAAAAAUAAAAUGAAGGGAAAUUAUUUAUGUAUGUGUAUAGCCCAUUUGAGGAAGCCUCCACUGUAAUAAAGCCUAUUUUUAAUAUGUCAUAGUAUUUUGCCCUAUGUUAUGUUGUCUAUGGCAGGAAAGGAUGAAAUUUGGGUUCUUAUUUCAUAGUUAUCUUGUCAAGUAUACAUCUGUUAAACUCAACUGGGCUGUCAAGUUCUUACUGAAUAUUAUAGGAGGAGUUAGAUGACAAAAUCUUCAUAGGCUCUUUGCCCCUGUCCUCUCAGUUGUCCAUCCUGCAUCCAGACUGUAAUGAACUUCAGAGAAAUGAAUCAAUCUAUCUUGAUGGUGACACCAAAUAUGGUUUUGGAAAAGAACUUGGGUUUCAGUCAAUCUCAACUGGCAUUCGUUGUCAAAAAUUUUCCUUAAGGUAAAAUUGUUCCUAUUAUCGAGCUCUUGGUCAGGGAUGGUUUCAGUGGUUGAUCUAUUGUUCAUGGUAAUUUGUGCAAUGAGAGUGUAAAAAGUCUACCACCAAGCCCAGUGAGUGCUCAUGAGCCUUCACUUAGUGCACCCACCCCCUCCCAUCAAGUUAAUGAUUUCUUUUGUUUUAACUUGACACUUAUACAUAAAUGCCACUGCCAAGGAUGGAUAAUGUCAACAAUGCCCUUUGGUUCCCUAUCAUUCCUAAUUCAACAUGUAGCAGUGAUAUAACAUAGGAGGAGGCCACUUUGAGUCCUCCAGAAAACAUCACCUCUAUAUGACCACCACCAUUUCCCACAGUCCACCCUGGUCUGCCCAGCCAUUGAUCACAUUCACUGCUGAGGCUUACUGCCAUGAUUUCUGAUUAUACAAAGGAAUCCAUUCAUCCUCAGUUCCUUCCGUCCUCCCCUGGGCAACUGUCACUGUUCAUUGUACUACCUUCAGGGAAUGGUGGAUAAUGAAACAGAAAGGAGGUAAAACUGAAAUCAGUCCAAUUUGCUACUCAUCAAAUCAUCUGAUAACAUGUUAGGUUGACAUCUUUGGUUACAAUGAGGUAUAUUGGGUUUAUCUGUGGAUUUCAGUUAUCCAACCCAUCUUGUUCCCUAUUUACCACAGUUUGUGGAGAGUUAACUACAGUCUUUGAAGAUGAUAAAUGGGGAGGGGAGAGAGAGAGAAGGUGCUCAAAGCAUAAAUGUCCAUUUGGCUUCCCUCACUGUUGUGAUUUCUUUGACAUCUGUAUACUUUUGAUCAGGACAAAGAUGAAUCGGUCCACUUAGAGAAAAACAUCAACUGUUGGACAAAUCCACCUCAAAUUUUAAAUUGCUAAGAAGGAUGCGCUUAGUUUCUGUGCUUUGAAUGACUUUGCCUUCCUAUAUCAUGGCAGAAUGGUUUCUAUAUUCUGGUAGAUCUUAAUGAUAGCUUCAAAUGGAAAUAAUGCCCACUUUUUUUUUUCAGUUUUAGAGUUGGGCAUCUUCUCAGCUCCCUGGUAACAGAAUAUUGCUAAAGGUGCUUUGUCUCACAGUAAAAAAUGUUUUCAUUCUAAUUCUUUAGCAAAAAAGAAAAAUGGACUAGUUCCUAGGCAUCAUGGAGGCACUUGGAAAAUUAUCCUUAUUCAAAGGGAGGGAAAGAAAAACAGCAAAACAGAAAAACAAUCCUCUGUGUAUGAGAAAAUCCACGGAUAUAAUUGGAACCAUAAAGCUAAGCAAACAAAAAACAUGCUCGAUGUUGUGUUGAUGAAACAUUAGCCUCUAUUAGAAUGGGACAUGGCUUCUUUAAAGAAUCUUUGCAGACCUCAUGGUAACCAAAUCCUAGACCAUUGAACCUCUGAAUGCCAUUCAGUUCUGAACUUUAUUUAUCAAAGAGCAUUUUUGUCCAGCUGUCUCUGAUUGUCAUGGAAAGUUCUGUAAUGCUAAGGUGUUUGAGGUUUUCCUUUUUCUUUCUUUUUUUUUUCUUUUUCUUACUUUAUUUUUUCAUUUGUACCACAGUCCGACUAGCUACCAUUUCCCCCACACCUUGGGCUUUCUGUAGAUCAGUGGAUGUUAGGUUUAAACUUCUGUUUUCUUUGAUGAAGCUUUCAAUAAAAAAUGAAAACAAA